CGGUCUCGUUGCCGCAUGCUACUGAGCCAAAACCCCGCCCGCAGCCCGGCUCUGACGGGCCGGUGGAACGAGCGGCAGCGUCAGAGGCGGGUGUGCCUGAACCGGUCCACCGGCGGCGUGCCACUCCGAACUGGCGGCGACUGCAGCCCAGGGUGCCAUCAGUGCCGGUGUAAAGCUGUUCCCGAGGCCGAGCUCCCAAAGGAUCUGCCAGCACUCCUGAUGUCAACGAAACAAGGUGAAUGGUUCAGGUCCCAUCCCGUGGGCACAGCGGCGCUGCUGAUUCUGCUGCUGCUGGUGCUGGUGCUGGCUUUGGGGGUGGCCUUGGCUGUGCUGGCAGCAGCCCCACAGAUUCCAGUUCCACCUGCGACUCCGCUGUCGAUUCUGGGCUGUCCCCAUGGCUGGGUUGGGUACAAGGGGGUCUGCUACUACUUCUCAAGGGAUUACGGCACCUGGGAGCAGGGUCAGGAACGGUGCUCCCAGCUCAAUGCCUCCCUGGCCAUUGCCAAGGAUGAGGAGGCCAUGGAUUUGCUCUUCCGCCUCUGCAAGAACGGCGUUUUCUGGCUUGGGCAACAGCCUGAGAGUGUGCAGCAGGGGGACGGCAGCAGCUACAGCUCCCGGGUUCCUGUCCUCGGCAAUUCCCAGUGUGUGUACCUGGCUGACGGGAAUAGAUUCUGGAGUGACAACUGUUCAAAUCGGUGGCGGUAUCUCUGCAGCAAGGCCCCAGCUCCCCUGUAAUUGGGGCUGCAGAAAGGACCUUCUCCACGCUGGGCAGUGCCAGCUUCACCUCUGAGCCCAGCACAGGGCUGCCCUUCCUCAGCUGCACCCUGUGCCUUGCACUUCCUCUCAGGGUCACCUCAGUGCCUCUUCAUCCCCAGUGCCAGCGCUGGGCUGGGGGUGCAAAGGAAAAGUCACUCCAAUCCAUCCUGCCCCCGAUGCUGCCUGGAGUCAGGGCGUUGGCUUGUUACAUGUGGGAAACAGGGCUCACAAUUUCAGAUUUAAAGUUUAUGAAGGGAUAAAAGGGAUGAAAUCCCACCUUGGCAUGCUUGACUUUUUGCACACAGUUAAUCUCUCUUUUCCAUAUACUGUUACAUUAUAGGGGAACAUGCAUAUUCACAAGCGUUUAUAAAACAUUUCUUUGUGUUAACAUGUUCUUUUCUUUGGUUUUAACCUUUGACUUGUCUUCAUGCCAUCUUUUUGAUUAAACUAAUAUGGUUUAUUUUUUUGUUGUGGUUAUAUCUUGUUAUAUUUUCUCUCCCUGAUAACCAGAGUCAAUGAAUUCUUUUUCUUUCAGUGCUCUGGUUUCUGUUUGUGUUAUCUUGUCUUUCAGAUAAGAAAGUCCCUGAAUGUUGAAAAUCACUUUAUAAUUUUACACCAUUUUCUGAGUUAGUUACAUGAACCAAUCAUUUCAACAUUUUACAGUCUCUAUUAUGCUAUGUUCUAAGAUAGCAUAUAUGACAAUACUAUUUACAAAAGCUGUUUGUUGCAUUACUAAAUUGACAGAUUAUACUCUAUCAAAAGCAGUAAAUACACUUUUUACUACAUCAGGAUUUUUUUGAACAAUAAAUAUUUGCAAAACAAAACGUAAUACAUAAAUGUGAAAGUUAAUAAAGUCAAUACAUAAAUGCCAA